AGCCAAGCUGUCCUCAAUUCUGACCGUGUGCCCUGGUUCUCAACUCGUCUGGGUCUGGAGUUCGCCCUCAGCUACCCCUCACCUCGCCUGCUGACCUGCCACCUCCCCAGGCACAUCUUCCCCAAGUCCUUCUCCCAUUCCAGCGCCAAGGUUAUUUACACUCUGCGGGAUCCUCGAGAUGUUGUUGUCUCCUACUACUACUUCUCUAAGAUGUGCAACAGCUACGAAGAUCCCACAUCCUUCAAGCAGUUCCUGAGGGACUUUCUGAAUGGAGAAUUGCCUCACGGCUCCUGGUUCGUACACAUCCAAGGCUGGCUGGAAUUGAAGGACAGCCAGAAUUUUUUCUUCAUCACCUAUGAAGAGCUGAAGCAAGACCUGCACAGCAGCGUGAGACGUCUGUGCCAGUUCCUGGGCCAGGAUUUGGACGCCGCCGUCGUCUCUGCAGUGGUGCAAAAUGCCUCCUUCACAGCCAUGCGGAACAACCCAAUGUGCAACUCCAUCCUCCUGCCUGCAGACGUCAUGGACCAGACGAAGGGCCGGUUCCUGAGGAAGGGCAUCUAUGGGGACUGGAAGAACCAUUUCACAGUGGCACAGAGCGAGACCUUUGACAAGAUCUACCAGGAAAGGAUGCAGGGCCUGAACAUGCUCUUCCCUUGGGACAAAC